AUGCAUGACUAUUUGUGUAACUACGAUAAGGAGAAAAAACUCUGGACCAGUGCUAAAAGACAUGGGUACUACAAUGAAAAUGUAUCGGCCGGCCAAUUGGCAUUUAAUCGCAUGCGUAAUACAAAUCCUUCAGAAGUCAUGCAAAUUAGUGAUUCCGAAGGCACCGUAUUAACUUAUGGUUCCGCUUUAACUUCAGCCAUACGAAUAGCACAACAUUUUGAGAAGAUGGGUUUAACAGAAGAUGAUGUAGUGAGUAUUAUUGCUCCCAAUACAACAUAUGUUAUGCCCGUGGCAUUGGCUGCUCUUUUUAAUGGUACUCCUUUCCAACCCAUGAAUACAGUUAUGGAAUUAAAUGUUUGUAUGCAAAUUUUCGAUAAAAUUAAACCCAAGAUUAUAUUCUGCGAUGGUUUACAUUAUGAAAAGUUGAAAAAGGCGGCGGUCGCUUUUAAACCAGCUAUUUAUACACUUUGUAAUCAUUUGGAUAAUGUGCCAAGGAUCGAGGAGCUAUUAGAGCCUACAAAAAGUGAACAAAAUUACAAGCCUAAACCUUUAUCUCGAGGUCCCACUCAAACUAUGGUUAUUAUGCUUUCCUCAGGCACUACCGGCUUACCCAAAGGAAUAUGUUUAUCUAAUCGUUAUGUUCUAUCAGAUUUUGCUUUAACUUAUCAAUAUGAUACGAUAUUCUCGACCAGCAGCAUAGAUUGGCUGACAGGUCUGGUGACUUUCCUAACUAAUAUUUUGAUAGGAGGAGUAAGAAUUAUUACCAGCAAACCCUAUUCUGCAGAAUAUUUACAUGAAAUUAUUACCAAAUACAAAAUUACAGUACUCAUCACCAAUCCCUCUGCCAUGCUGGAGUUAACUUCAUUACCCAUCUUUUCCAAGGAAACACUAAAAAGUAUGCGCAUGUUAAUUAUGGGUGGCUCCUCAUGUCCCGAAAAAACAUUAAAGCUUAUACGCUCCAGCUUAACAAAUGGUAAAUUGUAUUUCGCUUAUGGCAGUUCUGAAUUGGGUGUUGUUACUUAUAAUAAUCGUGAUUAUAAAUUGAAAUCGGUGGGUCAAAUUAUACCCAAUUUUGAAAUGAAAAUUGUAGAUACUAGCACAGGCGAACGUUUGGGUCCCAAUGAAAAAGGAGAGGUGUGUUUGCGCAAAACUAAUGAUCAAUGGUUGGGUUAUUAUAAAAAUCCCGAGGCCAAUAAAUCCACCAUAGAUGCUGAGGGUUUUGUUCGUACCGGCGAUUUAGGUUAUGUGGAUGAUGAACAUUAUUUGUUUAUAGUGGAUCGUUGUCGUGAUGUUAUGAAAUAUUGGGGCUAUAAAUGGUCACCUCACGAAAUUGAGGUAUUGGUUGCUGAAAUGCCCGAAGUUAAGGAAGUUUGUGCUUUUGGUGUUUACGAUGAUGUUAAACUAUAUGUACCUGCUGCAGCAGUGGUUGUAAAACCGGGCAGUUCUUUAACGUCAAAAGAUGUGGUGGAGUUUAUGGAACGUCGCAGUGAAGUCCAUUAUAAACAUUUAGAUGCUGGUGCUUUUAUUUUGGAUGAAUUGCCACGCAAUAGAAAUGGCAAAGUUGUGAGAGAGAAAGUUCGGGAAAUGUGUUUGGCUAUGCACAAGGAGGAAAGUGAAGAAGUGGAUAGAUAA